AUGGAAAAGAUAUUUUCUCUAGAAGAUCGUCCAUGGGAGAGCGAGCCAAGGAAGCAGAAACUAAGGGAUGAUCUAAAUGCUUCCGAGGAAGAAAAAGAAGUCGGACAAAUAUGGGUAGAGACGAAGAAGCUAUGGCGUAUCGUUGGACCAGCCAUAUUCACCAGAGUCACGACCUACGCGAUAUUCGUCUUCACUCAGAGCUUUGCAGGCCACCUCGGCGAGCUAGAACUCGCCGCAAUAUCUAUCCUUGGAAUGGCGAGUGCCUUGGAAACAUUGUGCGGUCAAGCGUUUGGAGCGAAGAAGUAUGACAUGUUGGGAGUUUAUCUGCAAAGAUCUUGGAUUGUUCUCUUCUUAUGCUCCAUUUUGCUCCUCCCUAUGUACUUCUUUGUGACUCUGUUAUCUAAGUGA